UAAUUUGAUCAUAUUUAGGUGAUGUUGCCCAGGGGUUUCCUCACCUGCUGUAUACUGGGAUUCAUCUGAAGAAGUUCAUCUGUAAUGUUUGUAUGAAUGCAUUUUAACAAACAAGGAAAAGCAGCAGACAUUUGAAAAAGGAACUAAGCUUGAGAUGUGUCCCCUCCCAAACAAAAACUUACCCCAUGUCAAAGAGCAUUCCAGCCUGAAAGGUCAGGGUGAGUAAUGGUAAACUGCUGUUUAAUCUUUGACUGAAAUGCUGACAGCAGUGAUGCGCUAGAGGAGUUUCUGUCAGUGGACACGGAUACAAAAGACAGAAAUCCCUGAACAUAUAAGAGAAAUGCUGUAAACUGGUUCAUCUUCACUGAAUCCUUUAGGUGGAACUAACCGACAGGUAGAACAGACUCCUGCUGGAAAUAACUGCAUCCUUAUUAUCCUAAAUAAAGCUGCUGAUAGCUUCCACUCUGUGACAACUCAUCAUAUAAAAAGGAAGGCUGUGCUGGUCAAACUGUAUUUUUUAGAAAACGAUGGCAAAGAAGCUGCUGAUCAUUGACACAGACUGCGGCAUCGAUGAUGCUCAGGCCAUCAUGAUGGCGUUGGCAGCGCCUGAUGUGGAGGUUCUGGGCAUCACUUGUGUGUUUGGGAACACAGCCGUGGAGAACGUUUGUCAGAACGUUUUGAAGGUUCUCUCUGUCUGUGAGCGUCAGCGGAUUCCGGUUUUUCGAGGUUCUGCUGGUCCUUUAGUCGGACCCGCUAACACAGUCAGGGACCACUUUGGAACUGAUGGACUUGGGGAUGUUCUGAAGGACAAAGAUCCACGGUGGGAGGAGAAGAUCCAGAGAGAGCAUGCAGUCAGUGCAAUGAUCCGACUGGUGUCUGAAAACCAGAACCAGGUGUCUCUGAUGGCCAUCGGCCCGCUCACUAAUCUGGCCCUGGCUGUCAGAUUGGAUCCUGGUUUUCCCCAGAAGCUCAAAGAUUUGUACAUAAUGGGAGGAAACAUGGAAGGGAAAGGGAAUGUGACACUAUGCGCAGAGUUUAACUUUGCAAUGGAUCCAGAGUCCGCCUACAUCGUCCUUGAAGAGUUCCUCUGCACCACGUAUAUCGCAUCGUGGGAAUACGCCUGCAGGAAUUCACUGCCGUGGGAGUUCUUUGAACAGCUGGUCAACCAGGAUGCUCCAGCUGCUCGCUUCAUGAAGACGAUCACCGCUAAGUGCUGGGCCUACUCAAAGGAGGCGAUGGUGAACAAGAGAGACGUUUACUUUGGGCCUUGUUUUGUCUCUUAUGAUGCCUAUGCGAUGGCCACCUGCAUCGACAGCAGCGUGUUGACGGAGAGCAUCGAGUGUCCGGUCCGAGUGGAGCUGCAGGGCUCCAUCGCUCGCGGCAUGAUGGUGGUGGAUCGAACAAAUCAGCUGAAGAAGAACCACAGUGUGUUUGUCAUGACCAAAUGUGACUGUGCCAAAUUAAGUCAGCUGCUGUUGAAGUCCCUCAGACAACCCUGUAGAAAAUGAGCUUUUUAAAAUGCUGAAACACAUCAUGAGCAAAAUACCUAGUCAACACCAAAGUUAAACAUUUGUACCUUCAACCUGCAGUGUACCAAUGUGUUAUGUAGAGUAGUUUUUCUUUUUUCUUUUACAAUAUUAGUAAAAUACAGUACUGAGCAAAAUCAUAUGUGAGCUGGUGUGCUCGAGCUGCAGCAACAUACUGAAACAACUGUGCAGAGUUCCUUCAGAGACAUUUUAAAACAUGAAGGAAGUAUUUUCAUGUUUAAA